AUGACACCCACAUAUCACAACCUCGCUGGCGUUCCGGAUAAAUCCGGAAGAACAAACGGAUACACAACUACGGGCUUGAAGAGAGAUGGGUACCAGAAGAAUGUUUACGAGUUGCACGACGGUCACCAGUUGAAUGCGGAACAAGGUCAGAACAACUUGAUGUUCAUCAAGUUUGUCGGCCGCAGCCCCGAGGAAAAGAGUGAACUUGAGCGGUUUGCGAAGGAAGAAGUUUCCCUGGGUGAAGAUACUGCUUUUGAGUCAGUUGUCCGUUACAAGGACUACAUUGAAGAGCAAGACAUGCUGGUGGUCGAAGAAGCAAAUUGGAAGGGCAUCGAGCCUGGAACGUACAUACCCGAUGAAGAGCUUAUGGUUUUGGCCGUGGACGUGCUUUCUGCGCUGACGUAUCUUCAUGAUCGACACCAAGUGCACGGGUAUGUCCAUCCCAGCAACAUCAUCCGUUUUAAGCGUCCUGCAACGGAGCAUGGAGACGAACCCUGGGGAUACAAGCUCAUCGGGCAUGGGCUUGUGCCAAAGGUCAUGUGGACUCGGAAUGAUAUCCCUGGAGACCAGUUCACCCCGCCAGAGUUCCGUGGUAAGAAGAGUGAGUAUCAGCCGUCUGAGGAGGGCGAUGUGUGGAUGCUCGGGCAGACUUUGGCUGAACUGCACUCCCGGGCUGGAGGAUGCGACAAGCACCGACAUGACCAGCUCCACUACUUGCUAAAGAAGAUGCUGAAGCCGACGCCUGGUGCAAGGAUGAAGGCCCAGGUUGCGCUUGAUACAGUCGUCGGCGAGUAUUUGCCUACUAUAUAUUCAUCCAUGACACUGGCGUUGGCGCCUUUGGAGGAAGCCAAGAAGAGGGCGAGGGAAGAAAGAAGGGGAAGAAAUGACCAUCUCCACGACCGCUCUAGCUCCCGAAGUGUCGUCACACCCGCGCCGGUGCUCAACAUCACCACGCAUUGA